GCUAUAGCUCUUUGGAAUAGUACAAACGUACAUUAAACAAUGUUUUAGUUUAUAUUAUUUGUCGGGAGUGACGCGGAGUGCAUGAAUUUAGAAGGGAUUCCUUUGAUCGCAACACUGCUAGUGCGGAUGUGAGCUGGUCUCAGUUGCAUAUUGCACGGUACUAUGCUAAAACGUACCUACUGUGUUGUAAACCGUACUCCGGAUAUAUUAUAACGGGAAAUGUACAUAAUAAUUAUAAUCGUUGCGAGUAAUAGGAAAGAAAGUGUGCAAUAUUAAUAAAUGAAGAAGAAUUUUGUGUCUAGAACUAAACUAGAAUGUUUUGUGUCUAGUUCUUCUACUCUUAAUAACUCCUGGUAGCCUAGUACGAGAUGUGAUAGACAAAUCUCUGUAUGGAGGUUAUGAUGCACGCGGUGGGCCUGCACUCGGCGCUCGCCAUCCGCCGCGAGCGCAAGCGCCGCGCUGAGCAGCAGCGAGCUCGCGAGCGCCGCUACUCGCUACAGUCUUCAGAGUCGGGAGUCACCUCCCCACAUUGCUCCACGGGCAGCUUGGAGAGACGUCGCUACAGAAAACCACACCCUACCGAAAAUGAGGUCGUCUCGACGGUCGGUAUGCUUCACCUCGGAGUGGUGUUCCUCGUGCUCGGCCUGUUCCUGCUCGGGUCCGGCUUUCUGCCGGAUAACGUAACGUCAUGGAGCACAGUCGGCUCUGUCAGUUGGUUCAAUGAAUUGGUCUGCUCUGGCAUGUUCGCGGUGGGAAUUGGAGUUUUUCUGAUUGUUCUGCACAAAUAUUUGAUGAAGAGUGAGGAAGACGCCCUAGAGGAUUAUGUACAGAGACAGCUGACAAGGUCCCGUUCAGGUCACCGAUUAGAGAGGGACGCGGAGACUGGUGGCAUGCGCACGAAAAAUGCACGCCGUGCACGUGCUACUGAGGUGUUACCGGAAACAGUGACGGAAACAUACACGGAGCCGCCACCUGAGCGCGCGCACGGGUUCGUCAAUGCGCUGGCGAUGAAUGGUGACGCCAUGCGCGAGCUGCCACUAGAGCAGAUCGUGGAGGAGGAGAUCUCGGUGGCAUCGGAGGGCGGAGGCCGGCUCGGCAAGUUCAAUAAGGACACGUACUCCUCACCGUCGGUGGCGCCCAGCCUCAGCCCCGGCUCGCCGUCUGACACGCGCGAGCUGCUGUCCGACGGCCGCUACAUGAUCAUGUCACGCAUGUGAGCCACCUAAAUCGACAACUCACUGAUUCCGAGCUCUCCGCCUGACGUCACAUAACUUGAUAUUUCUGCAUACAAUGAUGCCCCAACCUGUGAGCAUGCUACGGUGUGGCUACAUUACGUAACUUUGCACAACAUAACAUUAACAGAGAGGAUACAACCCAAAGUACCGAAACCUGUAACAUCUCGAGCACGCUAGGCGAGCGCACACUUAUAUAAAGUGCUAGUCUUUCUCCAGCAGUGGAACUGUUACAGUUAGUGGCCAUUUCCUCUACUUCCGCUCUUAAAUCUCAGAUAUGCUCGGAAUCAGAGAAUUGUCGAAAAUUGCCUCCUUCGUCUAUUACACAUGAAACGCGGCAAAGUGAAAUGAACUCUAUAUCUCUCGUAAUGAGAUCGUAUUUCUACUGUACCGCUAUAUUUAUUAACAAGUUUCUAUGUAACUAUCCUGCUAUUUGGUUAAAGCUUGGAUGCUUCGACGUUUCAAUGGAUAUUUCAUUUGUGUUCGGGGAACGCUUCUCUAUUUUAUAUUUUAACAGACGGACCAACUCUUUGGUAGACUUAGCAGUAAGUUGUAUUGUGAACUCGUUUAUAACUGCAGUAGUUAAAUAGGAACGCGGCCGUUAAUGAGAUCAAUGGCUCCGGUCGCGUGACUCGGAAAUUUUCUUUUAUUUCGACGUUUUGUUAGAAAGCGAAGAAUAACAAACGUUGUAGUCGUAUCGUGGAAUCGUUGUUUGUUGGCAGGCACUGUUUGUUUGUAAAACUGAAAAUACGCAGUUAGAAUAAAUACUAAGCAUCGAUACGACGUAAUGGUCAAAACAAUGUCAUUGUCUUUUAACAUCAACGAAACUGUGCGAAAGUAAACAUAGUUGUGCGUUGCUUUGUUCUCCUGGUAGUUUGUAUAUAACACUGCAGUAGUAAACGAGUGAUCUUGUAUAUUUAAUUAAAUUAACAUUGGAAUUCCGCAUGUAUUGGCUUGAGACUGAUUGUUAUAUACUGUUCUUAUACCUGACGAUUUUAUAUAAUAUUGUAUGUUGGUUUGUCUUCUACUCUAAUUAAUUAUUAAUUAGUUUACUGUUUAGAUACGUGGGUGAGUUUAAACUAACAACUAUUUUGGUUUAAAUAGGUAUUGGACAAAACAUUCCAGAUAGAUAAAUAUAUAAAAUAAUUAUGUAAUUAUGACUGAACUGAAAAAAUGAAACAGUACCUUAACUAUGUUGCAGUGUCAAAAGAGAAACAAACUACAUAUUAAAUAAUAAUUACUUUCUCAAAACAAAGUAUUCCUGUAUGAAUUAGUAGGUAUAAAUGCUAAAUAACAUAACAUUGUUCUUCUAACUGUGCCCAACGUAUCUGAAUAGUGCCUAAAUAUAUUAUUAUCUAAAUAAUUUAUAAUAUAAAGUAAAUAUCAUGAUAUCAUAAGGCACACAGUGUGCACUAUUUUCUUUUCAACAGACCUGUGCCAAAAGUUUCGUGGCAAUGCAUAUUAUUACGUUCUAGUAAAGCCUUUAGGUUACUUCAUGUAAUAUAUUAUCUUAAAAUCGAUCUCAAUAUAUCACUACUCCUUGUCUUCAAUUAAAUCUUCCAUAGCUAAGAAUAUUUGCACUAAACUCCAAUCCAAUUAUAAGGAUAUUUUGCGAUCGAUUUUAACAUAAACUACAUCUGUGCAUUAAAAUUUUU